AAAUUCAUUUCCUCUAGUGGCAUGACGUAGGUGGGGGAGGAAGAUAGGGAUCGACUAUGGAACGAGCUGAAGAUGCAACCUUAUAACGGUACCGGCUGAUAGAUAGCUGAACUCUUUGUUCACAUCAAAAAAAGUGGAGGACCCGACGAGACAGACAAAAACACAGACAUGCAGUUCAAAUACAGAAGGCACUGAUUUAUUUUUAUAGGAUAUUUUUCUGUGCUCCUUCAAGGGCUGGGUCCGUUAUCGCUGUUGUUGGCGGAACCGGCUGGCCAAGAUGUCUGUGGAAGAACAGGAAUAUCCCGAGGCGACUCUGGUGGCAGAGGCCGGGCCGCAGUGGUUUCGGGCGGAAUUAGAGCGCCUAUCCCGGGAGCUGAGCGAGACGACUCAUGAGAAGAUCCAGGCGGCGGAAUACGGGCUGGCGGUGCUCGAAGAGAAGCAACAGCUCAAACAGCGUUAUGACGAGUUGGAGACCGAGUUCGAGACUGUUCGGCAUGAACUCGACCAACUGAAGGAGGCAUUCGGCCAGGCCUACUCCACCCAUAGGAAGGUGGCUGCAGAUGGGGAGAGCAGGGAGGAGUCACUAAUGCUGGAGUCAGCCAGUAAGGAGGCCCAAUACCAGCAGAUGGUCCUGGAGCUGCAGAACGAGCUGCGGUUGGCCAGGACUGCCCUCACCAGCAACCAAUCAGAGAAUGAGCGCCUGGCCUCCGUUGCCCUGGAGAUGAGAGAGAGUUCUGAGCUGGUGGAGCUGCAGCGCAGCCAACUGCGUGAUGACAUCAGAGAGUAUAAGGUGCGAGAGGCACGCCUGCUGCAGGACUAUAGUGAGCUGGAGGACGAGAACAUCUCCCUGCAGAAACAGGUGUCCCUGCUCCGACAGAGCCAGGUGGAGUUUGAGGGUCUGAAGCAUGAGAUCUGUCGUCUGGAGGAGGACUCCCAGUGCCUCCACAGCCAGUUGGAGGAGGCCAUGCGCCUGCGGGAGAUCGCCGAGCACCAGCUGACCGAGGCUCUGGAGACCAUUAAGACUGAGCGCGAGCAGAAGGCCGCCCUGCGUAAAGAACUGUCCCACUACAUGACCAUUGGGGACAACCUGUUACCGUACCACCACAGCCCCCUGAACAUCUCCCUGGACGGCUUCAAGUUCAGCGAGGAUCCCACUGCUGCCACCAACGAACCCAACAAUGAUGACUCGUUCCAUGGCUAUGAGAACGGCCUGGCUAAGAUGGCUGCAGACUGCAACGAGGAUAACAGAGCCAAGCUCCGGCCCGCCCCCAGCCUAGUGGAUGACCUGCUGAGUGAACUCAACAUCUCAGAGAUCCAGAAACUUAAGCAGCAGCUCAUGCAGGUUGAGCGGGAGAAGGUAGCACUACUUUCCUCCCUGCAGGAGGCCCAGAAGCAGCUAGAGGUGGCCCACGGGACUCUGUCUGAGCAGCAGGAGAUAGUAGGACGUCUCACCGAGAACCUCAGCGCCAUGAGGAAACUCCAGGCCAGCAAGGAGCGCCACUCGGCCCUGGACAGCGAGAAGGAGCGUGACAGCCGUGACGAUGGUGACGGGGACUACUACGAGCUGGACAUCAACGGGCCUGAGAUCCUGCAGUGUAAGUACACAGUGGCUGUGUCCGAGGCCGGGGAGCUCAGACAGGAGCUUAAGACUCUUAAAGCAGAGUACCAGUCAUGCCGGAGCCAGUACGAGGAGGAACGAGCCCACCUGGAGAGCGACGUGGCAGGGCUGAGUGAGAAGCUAGCUUCCCUGGAGAAGAGCAGCCGGAUGGAGCACGAGGAGAUGGAGCGCCUGGAGAAGGACCUGCGGCGGGUGAGCGAGUCGGCAGGCGAGUCGCAGGGAAGUCUGAACGUGGCACAGGACGAACUGGUGGUGUUCAGUGAGGAGCUGGCCAACCUCUACAACCACGUGUGCAUGUGCAACAACGAGACGCCCAACCGGGUCAUGCUUGACUACUACAAGGAGGGCAAGGCCAGCGUAGGGGGCGGGGGCGGCCGGGAGGGGAAAGGACGACGUCUGUCCCACGUUCUGCUCUCCAACGGGCUGGUCCCUGAUACUGACCCCAGUAAACCUGAAGCCAAUGACCCAGCCGCCCCAGCCCCAGUCUCAGCCCCAGAAUCCCGCCCAGAGCCUAUGAACAUCUAUAACCUGGUGGCCAUCAUCAGGGACCAGAUCCGUCACCUGCAGCAGGCGGUGGACCGCACCACAGAGCUGUCCCGCCAGAGGAUGGCCACCAUGGAGCUGAGCACCGUGGCUGAUAAGGACAGCGAGGCCUGCAUGGGGGAGAUCCUCAAACUCAAGUCCCUCCUCAGCACCAAGAGGGAGCAGAUCGCCACCCUGAGGACCGUGCUCAAAGCCAACAAACAUACGGCUGAGGUGGCGCUGGCCAACCUGAAGAGUAAAUACGACAACGAGAAGACCAUGGUGAGGGAUACCAUGUUGAAGCUCCGCAACGAGCUGAAGGCUCUGAAAGAAGACGCUGCCACCUUCUCCUCACUACGGGCCAUGUUCGCAACAAGGUGUGAUGAGUACGUAACUCAGCUGGACGAGAUGCAGAGACAGCUGGUUGCGGCGGAGGACGAGAAGAAGACCCUGAACUCCCUGCUCCGCAUGGCCAUCCAGCAGAAGCUGGCCCUGACCCAGCGUCUGGAGGACCUGGAGUUUGAUCAUGAGCAGGCGCGCCGUGGCGGGGUUACAGGAGCAACGACGAGCAGUCGGGGCAAGACCUCCUCGUCGGCACGGGGCAAAGGGGCCUCGGCCAAUCAUCACUAAUUUAAUCAAGCCGUGUCCUUCAAAGGUUGACAGUCACCUUGCCGAUGAUUACUUCAGUGUCCCCUCCUGGCCUGAGACAAAUGUCAGAGACACGUACUGCUGUAGUGUGAGGACUUUGUUUCUGUGCACACACACAUACACACACACACAACACACACACACUCUUGACCUUUACAGACGCGUGAAAUCCCCAGGGGUUUGGUAUCUUGGUGUGGCUGCAGGAAACAACAAAGACUCAUGGGUAUGAUGACCAUAGAGAUAUCUAGGUCUAUUUCUAUGGGCAUGACCAUAGAGAUAUCUAGGUCUAUUUCUGUGGGAAUGACCAUAGAGAUAUCUAGGUCUAUUUCUGUGGGCAUAACCAUAGAGAUAUCUAGGUCUAUUUCUGUGGGCAUGACCAUAGAGAUAUCUAGGUAUAUUUCUGUGGGAAUGACCAUAGAGAUAUCUAGGUCUAUUUCUGUGGGUAUGACCAACAGUUUGACCCCCCAUUGUGAUUCAGUCACUCAUCCCACAUUGUCCACCACUAUACUGGUAUUAUUCUGUGUAUGUUUCCCCUGAUGACUGCACACUUUUCAUGUCUUUUUAUUUCUCUUUUUUUGCUUGUAAUUCACACCUCAGUGAAUGUGUGAGGUGUUCAUACGCUUUUAAGAAUUGUUACAUGUUUGGUCAUUGGAGCAUUAAUUAGUCAUUUAAAUAUUGAGCUUUUGUCAUUAUAUAACUGUCAGAUUGAUAACAUUUCCAUGGAGAGCAAACCAGCAAAGUCAUAGGAACUAACUUGCUCCAGUUUUCUCUGGGGUCAAUAUUCAAUAGGACUCACAAGCUAACAGCUAACAUUCUCUACAAGCACAUAGAUGAACAUCUUAAAUUGGAAUUUGUUUUUUCUCUCUUUUUUUCAAAUCUUGUCACAUAUUGAUAAUGUGCUUAAAAAAGUUAACCAGUGAGAGCAGGAUGUUCCAGCAGGACAUUCAACCAGUGUGCCCAGUGGGUACUUUCUGGCCUUAGUUUAGACCAGUAGUUUGUUCUGUCCACAAAAGAGAAUCUGGAUUUAAUUUUGACUAGUGGUUUGUUCUGUUCACAAAAGAGAAGCUACAUUUAGAUUUGAAUGUUUUCUAUGUCUUUGAGAAUUGUGGUGAGAGGUUAUGACCCCAGUCAAUAACAGAUUGAGGAAAAUAAUAGGAACUGUCGUGAAUUGUGUGAAGUGAUUCUGCGAUCCUGCAAGCAUGCAGAGUUGCACAUUUAGGGGCUAUUAUUAUGAUUAUUAUUAAUCGGUAAACCUUAUUUUAAGAGUAAUGAUACCACAGCUGUUAACUUUGGCUGCCUAGUUAAUAGUGGUUCAGAGCAUUUUCGAUGAUGGCUGAGGGAGAGAUUACUAAUGCAAAUACUUAUUUAUACUCUACCUUUGUAUGGCAAAGUUCAGGCGACUAUGGUGGAGACUUUUUGUAUUGUCUGUUUUAAUGCAAUUUUAUGAGCCCUUUUUACAUCCUCUAAAAGUGUUGUUGUGAUUUCAACAAACAGACUAAGUUAAGUCAUGAACACAUCUGCAGUGCCAUUUAAUUUAUUGUUGAUGCAAUAAAAGUUACAUUUGGGA